GGCUAUUUAACGUUGAACGUUCUGUUUUUGAAUCAAAGGUAGUUAAAAUUUCUUGUCAAUAAGUUUAACAUUCUGUUCUUCCGCAUGAUGGAUUUUCUUUUGGAGAUUCGAACUGAAGCCUGUACGGAGGAAAUGUUGUUUUUAAGGGAAAUAAAUAGAAAUAAUCCACUUUGAAGAAGCCAUGGCAAAAUCAAAGACAAAACAUAGACUUUGUUCUCAGGAAUCUUCAGUAUCUGCGCUGCUGGCAAGCUGCAGCCUGAGUGGUAGUAAUUCCUCUAAUUCUGAUGGCUCGUUUCACUAUAAAGAUAAGCUGUACAGAUCUGCUUCUCAAGCUCUACAGGCUUAUAUUGAUGAUUUUGAUCUAAGCCAAAUAUAUCCUGGUGCAAGCACUGGAAAAAUUAACAUUGAUGAGGAUUUUACUAAUACGUCACAGUUCUGCAACUAUAUUUACAAACCAAACAAUGCUUUUGAAAACCUCGAUCACAAAAAGCACUCAAACUUCAUAUCCUGUAGAAGACAGACUAUUAAUGACAUAGACUCCAUGAGCCUGACAACUGAUGAUCUAUUAAGACUUCCAGCAGAUGGAUCAUUUUCUUGUACUUAUGUUGGACGGAGUCACCGAACGAGCAAGAAAAGCAAGAAAUGCCAUGGAAGACUGGGUUCAUUGGACGUUGAGAAGAAUCCAAAUUUUCAAGGACCCUACACUCCCAUGGGCAAGGAUAACUUUGUUAAUCCUGUUAUACACACAAAUAUAAAUGGAAAGCAAUGUGGUAGGCUAAAAAACCCAAAACUUAUUAAUAGGACUAAUAAUUGCAUUUCUGAAUCAUCUUCGUCUUUUCCCAAGAAAUCGUCUUUCAAGGACAGUUCAGAACACAGUCUUGAAAAGAAUUAUCCAAGAUGGCUCACUAGCCAGAAAUCUGACCUUAAUGUUUCAGGGAUAACUAGUAUACCUGAUUUCAAAUAUCCAGUCUGGCUCCACAAUCGAGACUUGCUACCUGAUGCAAAUAGUCAAAGGGUUUAUCAGAUAUUUAAAGAUGAUCAGUGUUCCCCUAGACAUAGUCAUCAGGCACAAGGAACUUCUCGGCUUAUGAAUAAAUUAGAUUGUUUUGAAUAUGCUUUUGAACCCUCAAACUUUUCAAAUUCCUUGAGUGAUGAUAAAGAAUUAGUUAAUGAAUACAAAUGUGGUUUUGAACAUAGCCAAUGUCAAUGUGAGAAUCCACUUCUCCCAGGACGAUCCACAAAGCCAUUCAGUGGUGACAAAAUUGAAUUGCUUAUCUUGAAGGCCAAGAGAAAUCUAGAGCAGUGUACUGAAGAAUUACCAAAGUCCAUGAAAAAGGAUGACAGUCCUUGCUCAUUAGAUAAACUUGAGGCAGAAAGAUCAUGGGAAAAUAUUCCUGUUACUUUCAAAUCUCCUGUUCCCGUUAACUCUGAUGAUAGUCCUCAACAAACUUCAAGGGCAAAGAGUGCUAAAGGGGUUCUUGAAGACUUUCUAAAUGAUGAUAAUCAGAGCUGUACUCUUUCUGGAGGCAAACAUCAUGGUCCUGUCGAAGCCCUGAAACAAAUGUUAUUUAACCUUCAAGCAGUACAAGAACGUUUUAAUCAAAAUAAGACCACAGAUGCAAAAGAAGAGAUUAAACAAGUUUCAGAAGAUGGUUUCUCUAAAUUACAGUUGAAGGAAAGUAUGAUUCCUAUUACUAGGUCACUUCAGAAUGAUGAAUUAUUCAUUGAGACUAAGAACAGGGCCUCAGUUGACCAUCUAAUAUGAAGAUUUCAUUCUGCUUUAAAAUUUGAGGUGAAUGACUGGCUUUGCACCAUUUAUCUCGCCUGAGAGACCUGGUUGAUGAUACGAAUGGAGAACAGUCACCGAAAAUGUGAAGAGGAAAAUGAAACUGUCACCACAAUAAAUAGUCACCACAGAACAAAUAGGCAUUUUUUCUAUUACUUAAACUGACAAAGUAAAUAUAAGCCAUACAUUAUUUUGUAGUUGGUUCAAGGAUUAUAUAUUUCUAAAACACUAAACUUGAAAAUACUCAUAGGUUUUGGGACCUAUCUUUAUUUUGUGCCAACAUACUAGAAUGUGAACUGCAAGGACCCACAAUGUAUCCUAAAGUCUUACUUUUGCUUUCUGGCCAGCAAAUGUCUAAUAUUUAAAGUUGGAUGACUUCUGUUCUUGAAGCUUACCUGGAUUUAACCUUCUUCAGCAUCCUCAACAUUUUAUUACCUGGUUCAGGAUCAUUAAGAAACUUACUGGUUUUUAUCCAAAAUCUUUUAUGUUAAAUAGACUUUUUUAAAGAUAUAGUUAGCAUCACUUUCAAACAGCUUAAAGGAAUAUCAAAAUUGUUAUUGUGUAUCUCAUCUAUAAGGAAGUCUGUUACUUUGAAAUUUUCAUAAAUUUAAUAUUUAAGAUACAUUGUAUUUGAAAAUUGGAUUAAUAGUGGGGUGAUACUGUGUUAAAAGGAACAUUGUGUUGUGACAUUCAAGAGAACCUCCUCGUUUAAUUAGUACUUUGAUUCUGUGUAAGAUAAUCUUGGUAGUGCUUAACAGUUUCCAAACCUUUUUUUGGAGGGAUAUUUAAGAAUUUAAUACUUUGAUAUUAGAUUGUUUCCCAGAUUUUAAUUUUGGGGUUAGCUCAAACUAGUGAAAACUAUGACUCAAUGGCCAAUUGCUUUAUCAAAUUUGAUAACUAAAACUUAAAAUGAAUAUGGAAAAUCAGAAAGCAACUCUGUAUUUUAGAGCUAUUUUGUAAGAGUUGUGCUUUCUUUAACACAAUCUGUGGCCUUAAGUUUGUCUCUAGCGGAAACUGAACAAAGCUCUAUAAUUUUUUACCAAGCACUUAUUAUUAAUACUUCUUAUAAGUAGUAAGCAUCUUUACUAAUACAACUGAGAAUUAAGUCAUAAAACAUAACUAAUACAGCACAUUACUACCUGACGAAAUUACAGAGUACUGUGUGUAUGUAUAACUACUACAGAUUAACACUUCACCCAAAUGAUAGCAUUUUUCCUCAGUAGAUUUAUUGUCAAAUAGGAAUUUCUAAGCACAUUGAGUCAAAGCAUUUUUUACAAGUUAGUAAAGCAUUAUUUAAUAUCCUUGUUAGAGGUGACAUGUCAAACACUACAGUGAGCCCUGUGGGUUUUUUUUUUUUUUGCCAGUGAGUUUUUUUACCAUGCUGAUCUGACCAGUUUGAGUGGCAAUUACCAAUAGAUUUGUUCUCUUUAUUCUGUGGAGAUGUUUUUGCCACUGACACUGUUUUCUGAUUAUAGUCUGCUUCAUAGAAAAUAGCUUGCACAAUCAAACAGGGAGUUAACUUUGGAAUUAAAGUAUGCCUGGCUAUUAAAAAUGCAGAUUUUAGGUGGGUAAACAUCAGAUAGGUCUGGGUGGGUCAUGUUCUAGGCCUAGAAAAAUACACUAUUAGACAAGUUCUAAAGAAGGCAAGGAGAUAAAGGCAUCAGGUGGUAACUUCUAAUUGAAUAUUAUAUGUUGAUCAUACAUAACAUAUACUAUGCCUGGAAAUUAUAAUGACUGAAAAGCACCUAUUUGGUUAGUGCUCCUAUUCAUGAGAACAUAUCUCCAAUACUAAAUGAGAUAAGCCUGUUCUAAAAUCUUAUAGCCAGUAUUUUAAGAAACUUGAUUAUACUUACCAAAGGAACAUUGUUUUCUCUUGUUUUAAAUAUGGAGAGGUUUAAUCCUUUACCUAACAAAGGAAUUAAUUUUAGCAAAAUGAUUCAUUCCAACCUUCUUAUAAGAAAUAUCUAGGAGAGUCAACUAAGAAAAAUAAUGAAUCUAAGUGAUAAACAUUCAAGAAAUUCUUUAAAUAAGAGAUUUAUUUACAAUUUUAAUAUCUCAGGGUUCUUUUUAGGUUUCCAGGGGAAAAGAGCAGGAUAACAGUGUGGCGACUGCUAAAUUGAGAAUUUAAAACAAAUGAGAACAUGAGAUUUUUAAAAUUGCAUUGUGAAUGUAAAAUUUUUAUCAAUCCUUUGCUCUCUUUUAGACAUAUUGAGAAAAUGUUAAAUAGAAAAAAUUAAGAAAUUUUAAUAAGAUGUUUCAGAUCUUGGAGUAUGAAAAACAUAAUAAAAAGCCUAAUUUCAAAAAUCUAUUUGAGAUCAAGGGACAAUGGUGUGACCAGUAUGAAGGGUCAAGACUGAAAUGUAUUGUCUUUACUAUCAAGAACUCUACUUUCAGUUUUUUCUUGGACAGUUAAUUUCAGCUUCGUAGAGAUUUCUGACCAAAUUAGGGAACACUGUUUUCCUGGGUUUGUUUUGGGUAUAUGUCAUUAUAGUUAUGUUAUUUCUUGUUGAAAUUUAUAAUUGUGGGUUUUUUGUAUUGUUUUAGUAUUUAAUGGUGUAUAAUGUGUUAUUAAAUUAUAUGUAGUUAUACCAAAAUAUUUGCCUGAAGAUAAAUCAUGACAAGGUCCCCUGUUUAUUCCUGUGUUAUAGAUACAUGGAAUUGCUCCUGUAGAUUUGAAUUUUUGCUUCAUUUUUUUUCUGUCCCACCCUUCACUCUCUGUAUCUCAGAACAUUUUUGGUAGAAGUGCUAUCCAGAAGUGAACUUGUCAAAAGGCAAGUAGCAUGAAAGAAGACAAAAGAAGCAAAAGGCCAAUACAAUGGAUAAUUUCUGAGCACUUGAAGUUUCUUCAAAUGUGCAAGACUGUGUGUCUUCCUAUUAGAUGUAUAAAUUGGAUAUUUCAUGCCUAAUUAAAUGUUGCAUUGGAUUGCAGUGUGUAUCAUACAGUGAUUGGAGUAAAUUGAGGCCUAAUCCUGAACAUAUAUAGAGCAUAUUGUUAGAUAUUUUUCCUGUGAUAUUUGAAGUUAUUAUUUUCCCAUUUCCUUUUUCUUUUUUUGUUUAUAAUCAUAUGUCCCUAAGAUUGUUUUCCUUUUUUGGACCAAAAAAAAAAAGGAAAAAAAUCUUAGCUUUUUAUCCUCCCAGUGUAUUCUGCAUUGUCCUUACCCUAGAUCAGCCCCUUCUGUGUAACAGUUUUUCUCACAAUGUAGCAACUUUUAUCCACCCGUCAGGACCUUCACUGGGUCUAGUUCAUUCAUUUUCAAAUAGUUAUUUCAACCUUUAACCUCUACUGUCUUUGUCUUUUACACAGAAGCCAGAGUGACUGGUCUUGGCAAGACUCUGUUGUGUAUCACCACUCUAACCUUACUGAUUUGUUUCAGCAAAUUUGCUGUAGUUAAAUUGCUUUACUCAGAUUGCCCUAAACUUUAUAUGUGUAUUCUCACCUUUGUGCGUAUUAUUUCUCAUGCAUGAAAUACUCAAUUUUUAUUCUUUUAUCUAAAGCCUACUCUUACAUUUCUUUAAAGCUCUGGCCAAGUAUUUUAUUUUGUCCCUAAACAUUCUAACUAUCCACCAAACUGUGGUAAGUUGGCUUUUCUUUUUCCUUCCCCUGUCAUUCAUUUAGCUGUUGUAUUUCAUUUUAAUGUUUUGGGUAGUGCCUCUUAUACUAUGUUGUAUUCCUAGACAAGGAAAUGUAUAUCAAAAUAUGUUAGAUGAUUGACUGUUUUAUCUCCUUGAUGAUAGCACCUCUUAUACUGCUUUACAGAAUCAGGAAAAAGUAAACUGCAUUUUACAUAGUGGUUGUAAGUAUUGAUUGAUUGAUAUUCUAAACCUGGUUUCCUAUAUAAAGUUGUAAGUUCAAGAUAAAGAGACCACAUUCUUUACUUA